AUGAAAAUAUUCUUUAUGUUUGCUUGUUUGACUCUGUACUUCCAACUGGUCAACUGUGUUCAGAAGGAUCUGGAGUCUGAAUGGCAGGCCUGGAAGAUGACCUACAAGCCACGAUACACCAGGAUGAUUGAGGAACAGAAAAGAGCCACAUGGGAAUCAAACUACAAGCUAAUCCAACAAAACAAUCAUCAAGUUCAACGAGGUAGAAAACCAUUCACAAUGGGCAUGAACAAAUUUGGAGACAUGACCUCUGAAGAGUUUAAUGUGAUGCUGGGUAUGAUUCAGAAGAAUACAGGAAGGGCUGCAGUUUUGUCUGCCGAACAGCUCCGCACCACUGCCAGCAAGCUGAACUUAAACAGCAUUGAUUACAGGACCAAAGGCUACAUCACUCCAGUAAAGGAACAGGGAGAAUGUGGAUCCUGCUGGGCGUUUACUGCUGCAGGAGCUCUUGAGGGGCAGAUGUUUAAGAAGACAGGCAAGCUAGUGUCACUCAGCGUACAGAACCUGGUUGACUGCUCACGACCUCAGGGGAACUACGGAUGCCUUGGAGGGUUGAUGGAUAGUGCCUACAAAUAUAUGCUGGCGAGCAGUGGAAUCCAGUCCGAGGCUUCCUACCCAUAUAGGAUCCAGGAUGACCUGCCCUGUUCAUUUAAUAGCAGCAAAGUGGUUGCCAAAAUCACUGGCUACAACUAUCUUCCCUUUCAUAAUGAGCAGGCACUGGCUGAUGCAGUAGCAGCUCUUGGGCCAAUUUCAGUAGGAAUUGAUGCUAGUCUCCUUCAAUUUUAUCAAUCCGGAAUUUUUAAUGAUCCUAAAUGCAGCUCGGAGAAAAUAAACCAUGCGGUCCUGGUGGUUGGGUAUGGAUCAGUGGCUUCCCAAAAAUACUGGAUCAUCAAAAAUAGCUGGAGUGCCUCAUGGGGAGAAGAAGGUUACUUCCGUUUGGCAAAGGAUAUGAAUCGUACCUGUGGAAUCAGUAACUACAGUGUUGUUCCCACAGUAUGA